AAGAAAAAAGCAGAAAAUAGUAGAGAUAAAAAAAAUGGCAUGUUAUGUUCCUUUUAACAGCAGGAAUUUGGACAUAAGCUUCUUCAUAUUUAGACCAACAAUUGUUUAUGUAGAUUCUCUUAUUGAUGCUCUGAAGCAGUUUUCUUCAUACACUGACAGCCUUGGAUGUGUUCAUAGUUCUAUAUUUACUAGUAUUCAUGGGAGCAUGAUUGUAUGGUAUGGGGCUUGGAUGAAGAGGAGUGAUGAGAACAAGCAACUCCUAAUUGCAGCCCUUAUUUCGGUCCUAACAAAUAUGGUCGAAAGCAUGGCCAUCUUAAUCGACCACAGCUUCUUCGACGCAUACGCCGGGGAAUCGAGAGACGGCUCUCCGGCGGCCAAGUUCUUCACCGGCGACGUGGUGGCGAUGAGCUCGGCCAUCCUCUCCGGCGACUGCGAGUCCAACGCGUUGAGCUUCGCGUACGCAUUUCUAGCCAUAUUCAAAGACCAGUUUCUCAAAAUGGAAGGCGCGGCGGCCGGCGUUUGCUUCAAGUCGAAAACCAUGCCGAAAAUAGUAGGCCUUGUGGUGUGGAAGUCACUGCACUCGUUCUACACGUACGUUUUAGCCUCGGAUUUUCGGAACCGAAUCCUUCCUUAUUUUGAUGGAUUUGCGGUCGACAUCAAGUACGAUGUUUUUCGUGUGGCUUAUGUUAGUGGCCAAAAUGGCCUUGAUCAACCACUCCAAGGUGGAUUAGAGACAUGAUCGUUUUGUUAAUUUGGUCGUGUAUUCGACCCAAUUUUGAUGUGUUUAUGUGAGAAUUAAAAGAUGAAAGCAAGUAAUCAAAAAUAUCUCAAUGUGUGUCUGUGGUGCAAU